UGACGUAGUGAUGUUUUUUUUUUCCUCUUGUCUUGCUAGCGAAGCAGCGGUUUGUCCUCCAUGACACUUUUUUAGUCAAGAGCGAACAACAAAACUUUUCCGUGUUGACAAACUCCUUCGUCAAACUCCCCGCAGAAGCCGCCACGUCCACGCGCGCGUGCCCCCCCCCCCCUUCCACGACCACGACGACACGCACGCGAGCGGCCGCGGUGGGCGCGCACUCGAGCUUGGGGGCCGCGCACGGGAGGUCGCUGCCGCCGAGGAGCGCCAGGACAGAGAUGUAGCGUGUGUGGAGCAUCAUGCACCUCCUCCUGCUGCUGCUGAUCCUUCACGCCACAGCAGCCCUCGCACAGAUUGAUCCAGCACACUGUCGCUAUGCCCUGGGCAUGGAGGAUGGGCGGAUCCAGGAUGAUGACAUCACAGCUUCCAGCCGAUGGCACGAGACCACAGGAGCGCAGUACGCCAGGUUGAACCGUGAGGACGGCGACGGCGCCUGGUGUCCCGAAGGCCAGCUGGAAGCUUCCGACUCUCAGUUCCUGCAGGUGGACCUGCGGCGUCUCACCUUCCUGACGGUGGUGGCCACUCAGGGUCGAUACGCCAGGAACGGCAUCGAGUUCGCCCGCGCCUACAGCCUCAACUAUAGCAGGGAUGGCGUCAACUGGAAGUCCUGGAGGGACCGGCUGGGAAACAUGGUGAUGGAGGGAAACAAGAACGCGUACGAGCCCGUCAUCAACGACCUCCACCCCCCCGUGGUCACACGCUGGGUGCGCCUCAUCCCGCUGACGGAGCUGUCCACCGUUUGCAUGAGGGCGGAGCUGUACGGCUGCCCGUGGGAGGAUGGUCUCAUCUCGUACAACGCCCCUGAAGGUCAGCUGAUGAUGGCGGCGGGCGUUCCCACCGCCAGCCUCAACGACUCCACCUACGACGGCGUGCACGAGAGCAGGCGGUUGUUCGCCGGCCUCGGCCAGCUGACGGACGGCGUGACGGGCCUCGAUGACUUCCUGGUGACGCGUCAGUACCACGUGUGGCCCGGCUACGACUACCUGGGCUGGAGGAACGACUCGCUGGGAGGGGCGGGACACGUGGAGAUGGAGUUUGUGUUUGACAGGCAGAGGAACUUCACCUCCAUGAAGGUUCACUGCAACAACAUGUUCGCUCGAGGCGUCAAGAUCUUCUCCUCCGUCUCCUGCUGGUUCAAGCCCCGGCUGGUCGCCGGCUGGGAGGCGGAGCCUGCGGUCUUCAACACGGUGCUGGACGACCGCAACCCGAGCGCCCGCUACGUCACCGUGCCGCUCCACCGCCGCGCCGCCGCCUCCCUGCGGUGCCGCUUUGGCUUUGCCGACGUGUGGAUGAUGUUCAGCGAGAUCUCCUUCCAGUCAGGUAACGCACAUGUUCUUCAUCUCCCCGCCCCCACGUUUGUGACCUCCCCUUUGCCCUCAGAAGACUCCAUGUUGGCGGUGACGGUGCCAUCGCCCAGCGACGGCGCCACGGUGACGGCCACGCCCGCCACCAAUCCGUCCGCCAGCGACGCCCCCGACGACGGCAAGACGCCCAUUCUGAUUGGCUGCCUGGUGACCAUCAUCCUGCUGCUGGUCAUCAUCAUCUUCCUCAUCCUGUGGUGUCAGUACGUGUGCAAGGUUCUGGAGAAGGCGCCGCGCACCAUCCUCGGCGAGGAGGUGAGGGUCCGACUGUCCUCCUGCAGCGACACCAUCGUCCUGCGGACCCCCCCUGUGCCGCCCCGCUCUGCAGGCCCCGCCCAAACGGACCCUCACUACGAGAGGGUGUUCCUGUUGGACCCUCAGUACCAGAACCCGGCAGCGCUGAGAAACAAACUACCCGAACUUUCCCAGAGUGCGGAAGCAUCAGCGUGCGGGGGCGGCUACGCCGAGCCCGACGUCACCCAGUGCACGCCGCACCAGUGUUUCCAUAGCAACGCCCCCCACUACGCGGAGACGGACAUCGUGCGGCUGCAGGGCGUGACAGGCAGCAACAUGUACGCCGUGCCCGCCCUGACCGUGGACUCGCUCACCAGGAAGGACAUCUCCGCCUCCGAGUUCCCGCGCCAGCGGCUGAUCUUCAGGGAGAAGCUGGGGGAGGGGCAGUUCGGGGAGGUGCACCUGUGUGAGGCCGAGGGGCUGACGGAGUUCCUGGGGGAGGGGGCGCCCCUCCCCGACAGAGACGGGCACGCGGCACUGGUGGCGGUCAAGCAGCUGAGGGCGGACGCCACCAGCCAGGCCAGGAACGACUUCCUGAAGGAGAUCAAGAUCAUGUCCCGCCUCAACGACCCCAACAUCAUCAGACUGCUGUGCGUCUGCGUCGCCUCCGACCCCCUGUGCAUGGUGACCGAGUACAUGGAGAACGGCGACCUCAACAUGUUCCUGUCGCAGCGCGAGAUGGAGAGCACGCUCACGCACGCCAACAACAUCCCCUCCGUCAGCCUGUCAGACCUCCUCCACAUGUCGGUGCAGAUCUCGUCGGGGAUGAAGUACCUGGCCUCGCUGAACUUCGUGCACCGAGACCUGGCCACCAGGAACUGCCUGCUGGACCGCCGCCUCACCAUCAAGAUCGCCGACUUCGGGAUGAGCCGGAACCUCUACAGCAGCGACUACUACCGCAUCCAGGGGCGCGCCGUGCUGCCCAUCAGGUGGAUGGCCUGGGAGAGCAUCUUGCUGGGGAAGUUCACCACGGCCAGCGACGUCUGGGCCUUCGGGGUCACCCUGUGGGAGAUCUUCACGCUGUGCAAGGAGCAGCCCUACAGCCUGCUGACUGACGAACAGGUCAUAGCCAACACUGGCGAGUUUUUCAGGAACCAGGGCAGACAGGUCUUCCUGUAUGCUCCUCCGCUGUGCCCCCCCUCCCUCUUUGAGCUGAUGAUGCGUUGCUGGAGGCGGGACAUCCCGGACCGGCCCACCUUUGAGGGUCUGUACCAGGCCCUCAGGCCUCAUGUCAGCCAGUGAGAACCGGGUCCAGCCUGUCCUGUCCUGUGAGUGUCCACAUGUCCUCCAGAGGACCGGUCACCCGCUUUGUGACCUUCCACAAGGACAAGAAACAUUUCAAACUUCUUCUCGUCAUUCUUGUAAAGCACCGCAUGUGUGUCACAUUGGAAUCCUCCCUCGCUAAAUACACCAGCGUUAGCGUCAAUGCUAAGCAUCUUCAAAAGGUAAAUACUAGCUUGAUGCUAAACGUCCACAUUAAUAACUACUGGAAUUGGUGCUAGCAAUACCCAACAAUCAACCCUUUUUAUGCGCUACUAACGCCUUUUAAUGUUUCUAUUUGAUGAGUUUUGGACAUUCCUUGGAGGAGAGCUGUGCUAAAUGCUACAUGCUAGCUCACAUUUUCUACAGAUGACACACAAACAUGAAUUAAGUGGAACCUUUUUCCUAUUGUUAUUAUUAUUACGAGCAUUUCAAGCUUUAUUCUUUAGUGUGCAUUUAUUGUACAUAGAAUAGUAGCAAUAGUGUAUAUUAAUAUAUGUUGUUCUCUUUGCAUUUUUCUAAUCUCAUCUUUGAAUAAACGCCACAAUGCGUCA